AUUAUCAUCUUGUCUUGCAGUAGUUUGCAGAAAUGGCUCAGAUUGCUAAGAUCUCCGAGAAGGUGCAGCUGAAGUCAUCUGGUAAAAGAUUUUAUCAGUUUUUUAAGAACAAAAUGGACUAUUUUCCUCGAAUGUUCCCUGGAAAUGUUGAGAGCUAUAAGUUUGUAGAAGGAAAUAGUUUCACUCAUGGCAGUGUCUCCGUCUGGAAAUACGACUUUGGUUUCGGUAGCUCAGUUGAAGUAAAGGUGAAGCUACUUGUGGAUGAGCCUAACAAAACAAUCAUUUAUGAAUGUCUUGAAGGAGAUUUAUUCAAAGAUUUUGAAAUGUUCAAUGUGAAAAUUGAAGUCAAUGAUGGUGGAAACAAUGGCAAUAGCUCAGUUAAUUGGUGUGUGGAGUUUGUGAAGGCAAAUGAAAAUGUUGCUCCACCAAAUAGCUAUCUCCAAUUUGGAGUUAAAAUAUGCAAAGAUGUGGAUGCUCACCUUUGCAAACAAUUGAACUAAAAAAAGUAAUGUAAUACCAACUUUGGAUUGGUUCUUGAAAUUAUUAUCUUAAAUAAGAUGGCUUUCUCUCUUAACUUCCAUUGUUGUGUGUGUACCUUGAAUGUUAUUAUAAUGUUAACAUAAUAUUGGCAUGCUUCCUUAA